AUGACUGCAUCCGUGGACUCCAGCAACAUCUUCCGGGUGGAUGGCAUUGUGGCCGUUAUUACCGGCGGUGGCAGCGGAAUUGGCCUGAGUAUGACCCGUGCCCUGGCUGCCAAUGGUGCCCACAAGAUCUACAUUCUGGGCCGUCGGCUGGAGGUUCUCAAGAAGGCCGCUGCCGAAUAUCCUGAUGUUAUAAUCCCCCACCAAACAGAUGUGACCUGCAAACAGGAUCUUCAGGAAGCCGUGGAUCGAGUCAAGUUGGAAGUGGGCUAUGUUAACCUUGUUGUCGCCAAUUCUGGAAGCAUCGGACCCCCCGUGCGGUUCAACCCUGCGGCCUCUCUGCCUGACUUGCGUCAAUCCCUAUUCACUGAUUUAUCAAUGGAUGGUAUGAAUGAUGCCCUCAAUCUCAAUGUUACAGCUGCCUUCUUCACAAUGACUGCCUUCCUCGAAUUGCUCGACGCGGGGACGCAGAAUGCUCUUAAGGGCGGGUUCGGCAAGCCCCUGGACAAGGGCAGCGAUGUGCCCUCGAUCCAGAGCCAAGUCAUCUUCACGACGAGUAUCUCGGCCUUCAGCCGUCACUGGACCUCGUCACCCCCGUAUCUGACCAGCAAGGUGGCCAUCAUGCAAGUGGCCAAGCAUGCCAGUACACAGCUGGCCCGGUUUGGCAUUCGUGUCAAUGCCAUUGCUCCUCGCGUCUACCCUUCGGACCUGGCAGCGGUCCUAAUUUCAAGCCGCAAGCCCGAGGAAGAGGCCACUCACGAUGAUCGCUUCAUCCCAGCUCGCCGUUUCGGAGGGGAUGAGGAAAUGGCCGGUGCCAUUUUAUUUUUGACGAGUCGGGCAGGCAGCUACUCGAACGGAUUGAUCCUCACCACCGACGGUGGCCGCUUAUCCGUCAUGAACAGUACCUAUUAA